AAUGCACAUUUAUUUUGCUCUUAUCAAAUGCCAACUUCAUCAACUCUCAUCCGCCCACUUCCGUUAUUCUCUUCCUCUGAAACAUGGAAGGAGUUUCUGCAACCAUGUACACCAAGCUCAGAGCCUACUGGAGGAGGAGAGGCUACCAGAGGUUAAACAAAUCCACCCGCAGGCGGAUGAAUCAGAUAGAGCUCGGGUCCACCAGGCGGAGAAGGUUCUGGCGGAUCAAGAUCAAACCCAAGCUUAAAAUCUUCCAAAUUGCUUCUCCCAAGAAGUUGUUCAUUUGGCUACGCGACACCUACGUUAGGAUGAUGCUGGGAUUCGCUAACUCCAGGCUGAUUGGAGCUGGAGGCUACGGUUAUGGAUUUCCUGAUGGGAUGGCGGCGUUCGAGAAGGGCCCACUCAAGGAGUAUGAUGAGAAGUUGAUCAUUGAGAUCUACAAGUCUUUGGUGAAGGCGCAGAGCCAAAGCCAAUUGGUUCCUCACGACACAGCCAGGUUUGGCUCUAUGUCUAGACUCACUGCUAUUUUAGAAUAGCGAGUAAGGUUUUUAUGGGCAAUAACAAAAUUCGGAUCCCGAACACCCAUCAAGAAAUAAUGCAAAUUCUGCCCGAAGAUGAGAUAAACAAGAAGUGUCUUUAGGUCGUUUUUCGUCUAACAGGCAGACAGCACAGCAGAAUUAAAUGUUUGUGUAGUCAUUUUCAUGUAUGUAAGAGUCGACUCUACGGAGGGGAAUACUGGAAUUUUAGCAUAUUAUAACAAGGUUCUUCAUUAACAA